GUCGGAGGUCGCGCAGCGUUCUAUAUAAUGUGAACAAGUUGCCCAAGCGCACACUACCACACUCACGCGCACGCCGCCAACAUCCACCAACUUAACACUCGGGAGCGGUCAGUCCUGCAGCUCCGAGCUCCACUCAGUCUACGCGUAAGCAUCCGCCACUCGGUCAGUGCGCGUGCGCAACAGUGAUACUGUGACAGUGACAGUACCCGUUAAACCUUAGCCAUCAUGAACCACUACGUCAAAAUCGCCCUAGUCGUGUGCGCGUGCAUAGCAGUGACGUCGGCUCAGUUCAGCCAUUUUGAUGUCGACUUUUCCGACUUUGGCACAAGUUUCGGAGGCCCGACGUAUAACAACUUCGCUGCUGCAGCGAGAGAUCCCAGGGCUAACCCGGGUCCAGUGCUGUUCCCUCCUUCCCCCAGCGGAGACCCCUCCCAGACCAGUGGCGUUGUCGUAGGAGCGUCAGGCUACGGCUUUGUCCCUCCCGGCUCCCAAGGUAAACCCUACGGCCGAUGAAUUGACCUCCUAGUCACAACGUAGUUAGAACUAAUAUAGAAAGUACAAUUUGUAACAUGAGAUUAAAUUUUUUGGUAAUAGAAAACUAGAAAUACGCCCCUGUAUAACA